CAAACCCCAGUGAGCCUGGCACUGCCCCCAGUGCUGCUGCGCACCGGGCCUACCGGUGUCCUCCGAGAGAAAAGAAGUGUGUACUCCAACUUCAAAUCUGUGUCCAAGAUCUCACCAGAGGAGGACAUUUGGCACAACGAAGAGGAGGAGGAGGAGGAGGAAGAGGAAGAGGAAGAAAUGGGGAUCAAGACACUCCUCUCAGUGCCCAGGCAGGAGUCGGUGUGGGGGCUGGUGGCCUGGCCCAGGGCCUCUCUGGAGCAGAAUCCUUGGUGGGAAGACCUGAAUUUCUCCCUGCCCCCGCUCCCUGGGCCCUGUGAGUGCAACCUGGGGGCAAAGGUGACCCUCGUCCCCCAGCCCUCCCAGGCCUCCAGCUCCACCCUUCAAACCUUGCCCUACUUGUCAUCCAAGUUGGAACCCACUUCUCUGGGGGACCAGCCUCAGAAAGAGCCUUCUCCGUCAGCUUCCCACAAGAAGACCCCCAAGAUCAGGAGGAGGCAUCAGCGCAAGGCCAGGCGCCAGGCCUCCCCUAAGAAAUCCACUGCCUCCCAGGCCCUGCGACAGCUAGCUCCAAUGUCAGUGUGGCCUCCGAUUAUUAUCAAAGCCCCCGCCAAGAGUUCAGCUCUCCAAAGUGGCCAUGAGCCCUUUGCCAAAGAGGACUCCCACUCCUCAGGUACUGGUGACCACCCCUUGCCCCAGCUUUCUCCCAAAUAA